AGAGAGAAUAAAGAAGGCAAAAAUUCCAUCACCACAAACUCCAAAAGCCGACCAAUAAUAUCACUCCAAAAUCUUAAUAGUUGUCAAAAUUCUGAGCGGCCAUUUUAUAUCCACAACGCCAGCGCCAUCAUUUUCUCAAUUCUCGAUUAUUAUUAUCCUCAAAGAAAUAAUGUUCAACUAUCAAAUAUCACACUUUAUACGCAGAUGACAGACCCAUAGAAAAAAUAAAAACAACCAAAAAUUCACGCACAUGGUGCUAUGUCUCUUCCAUGUGCCUGUCAUCAUGAAUAGGUUAUCUACGGUCGCCGGAAUAUUAUCGUCAUGUUCGUGCUCCUUCAAGCUCAAUAACAGAGACACCAAACUGGUGGGUUUUGGGUUUGAGUUGCAAAGAAAGGAGAGGUUAAAGAGAAAGCUUAAGUUUGUCGUCAGCGCGGAGUUAUCCAAGUCUCUCUCUGUGAACUUGGGUUUGGACUCUAAGAACAUCAGCCAGUCUCAUGAUCUAUCACAGUUGCCUUGGAUUGGUCCAGUUCCCGGGGACAUUGCAGAAGUCGAGGCUUAUUGUAGAAUAUUUAGAGCAGCUGAACGGCUUCAUGCUGCAUUGAUGGAUACAUUAUGCAAUCCAUUGACUGGGGAGUGUAAAAUUUCUUAUGAUUUUCCGUCAGAGGAAAAGCCAUUAUUGGAAGAUAAAAUAGUACCCGUGCUUGGCUGCAUCCUAUCGCUUUUGAACAAAGGAAGAGAAGAUGUUCUUUCUGGAAGAUCUUCCAUCAUGAAUUCCUUUCGGGCUGCAGAAGUAAGUGCGAUGGAGGGUAAACUCCCACCACUAGCCAUUUUCAGGAGUGAGAUGAAAAGGUGUUGUGAGAGUUUGCAUGUUGCUCUUGAAAACUUUUUGACACCUGACGAUGAUCGAAGCCUGGAUGUAUGGAGGAAACUGCAGAGGCUGAAGAAUGUAUGCUAUGAUUCUGGGUUCCCCCGUCGUGAUGAUUAUCCUUGUCAUAUGCUGUUUGCAAAUUGGAAUGCUGUUUAUUUCUCCACUUCUAGAGAAGACAUAAUCUCCAAAAAUUCCGAGUUUGCAUUUUGGAUGGGUGGGCAGGUAACGGAGGAAGGUUUAAAUUGGUUGCUGGAGAGAGGAUUCAAGACCAUUGUAGAUCUUAGAGCAGAAAUUAUUAAGGAUAACUUCUACAAAGCAGCGGUAGAUGAUGCUAUUGCAGCUGGGAAAGUUGAACUGAUUAAAAUUGAUGUUGAAGAUAGGACAGCUCCAUCAAUGGAGCAGGUUGAAAAGUUUGCAUCUUUGGUUUCAGAUAGCAGCAAAAAGCCCAUAUAUCUCCACAGCAAGGAAGGAGUACGGAGAACUUCCGCUAUGGUCUCCAGAUGGAGGCAGUAUAUGACUCGCAGUGCAUCUCUGAUCACCACUCCAAGAGACAAGGGACUACAAGAUACAAAUGAAAAGGGAGGAAGGCAGGGACCUUCCUUCAUUGGAGGGGGGUCCCACCCCAGACAGGAAAAUGGAUCUCUGUCGGAGACUUUGAAUAAACGUCACGGUUCAAAUGGAUUAUCUAAUGGAGCUGUCUCUCCAAAGGAUGAAAAUGGUCAGAGCAUUAAUGAGACAUACAAUGUCCAUGCCUCUGUUCAAGAUUCUAUUCCAUUAGAAACGGUAGAAAACAAGGUAGGAUCUGUUGCAAACAUAUCCAUGGAAGCUGACCCUCUGAAGGCUCAGGUUCCUCCUUGCAAUUUCUUUUCCAAAGCAGAGAUGUCCAAAUUUUUCAGAAGUAAAAAAUUCAAACCUCCAGCAUACUCUAAUUAUCAGUUGAAAGGGUUUGAAAAGUUGCAUGUUUCUAGAACGGCAAGUGUUGAGACAUUCCAGAAAGUUGAUGGUACUGAUCCUGAGUCAAGGUUCGUGGAGGCAAAAAGAUCCAAUGGAUUGGUCAGUGGUAAAAUGGCAUCUUCAAAGCCUCAGAGCUCACCUGCUGACAGUGACAAGCAUCUGAAUGGCAGCAGUGAUGCUUCUGCUGGUUCAGGCAUGGGUGUAUUUAGUGGAGGGGAGAGGCGUUUCAUGACUGGAAACAAUGUCUCUACCACUGUGGUUGAGAAUUUAACUGAGCAUCUUGCACGCGCAUCAAUCAAGGAUGGUGGUGAAAACAAUGGUGUUGCUUACUUAUCCUCCAGUGAUGAUGACUUGUGCACAAUUGAAGGAAACAUGUGUGCUUCUGCAACUGGUGUUGUAAGGGUGCAGUCAAGAAGGAAAGCAGAGAUGUUUCUUGUGCGGACAGAUGGAUUCUCCUGCACCAGAGAGCAGGUUACAGAAUCUUCCCUGGCCUUCACUCAUCCUAGCACCCAGCAACAGAUGCUUAUGUGGAAAUCCAUGCCAAAGACAGUACUAUUGUUGAAGAAGCUGGGGCAAGAACUCUUGGAAGAAGCAAAAGAGGUUGCCUCCUUCUUGUACCACCAAGAGAAAAUGAAUGUUCUUGUUGAACCUGACGUUCAUGACAUAUUUGCUAGAAUUCCAGGGUUUGGAUUUGUUCAGACCUUUUAUAGUCAAGAUACCAGUGAUCUUCAUGAGAUGGUUGAUUUCGUGGCUUGCUUGGGAGGAGAUGGGGUUAUAUUACACGCAUCAAAUUUAUUUCGAGGGGCGUUUCCACCUGUUGUGUCCUUUAAUCUUGGAUCUCUUGGAUUUCUGACUUCCCAUUAUUUUGAAGACUACAGGCAGGACUUGAGACAGGUUAUCCAUGGGAAUAACACCUUGGACGGUGUUUAUAUAACUCUUAGAAUGCGCCUUCGGUGCGAAAUCUUUCGCAAUGGUAAAGCAGUGCCCGGGAAAGUAUUUGAUAUCUUAAAUGAGGUGGUUGUUGAUCGGGGUUCUAAUCCAUAUCUUUCCAAGAUUGAAUGCUAUGAGCAUGACCGACUUAUAACCAAGGUGCAAGGUGAUGGAGUCAUAGUGGCUACACCUACAGGAAGUACUGCUUAUUCCACAUCUGCUGGAGGUUCCAUGGUGCAUCCAAAUGUUCCUUGCAUGCUGUUUACCCCUAUCUGCCCGCAUUCUCUCUCAUUUAGGCCAGUCAUACUUCCAGAUUCUGCGAGACUUGAAUUAAAGAUUCCAGAGGAUGCUCGAAGUAAUGCAUGGGUUUCUUUUGAUGGGAAGAGGAGGCAGCAGCUCUCAAGAGGGGAUUCAGUCCGGAUAUCUAUGAGCCAGCACCCACUUCCAACAGUCAACAAAUCUGAUCAAACAGGCGAUUGGUUUCACAGCUUGGUCCGCUGCCUAAACUGGAACGAGAGGCUAGAUCAGAAGGCCCUUUGAAGCUCAAAAUGAAGAGUGGAGAGAAACCUGCUUCAUUUUCUACCCAGGAUCGAGGUUUGUGUAAAUUUCUGUACAGACUGUAAAUUAGAAUUAACAAAGAAAAUCUAACGUAAAGUUGGCAAUUACUAUUCAUGAGACCUAACCAACAUUGACUCCCACAUGAGGAUAGGGUUUGCCAUUUUUUCCUUCUAUUUUUUAACAUGUUAUUGACAAUUGUAAGUAUAUACCAUCAACGAUUAUUGGUAGUAGAAAUAUAAUCAUUCAAUCUUUGCUGGACUUA